AGGCACAUAAGUCAGAAGUAAUAUAUUUAGAUAAAUGGGUGCAGAGCCAGUGGUAGUUUUGUAGGCAAACAUCGUUUGAAAAAAUCGAAAAAUGAAACUCGUUCUUUCCGAGUCACAUUCGUUCAAGAACGACACAUCACUACAGCCAAAGUGUCUGGAUCACUUAUUUUAACUAAAUCCUGAAGAAGGUUUCUCUGAAAUUAAUUGUUUCUCAGGCAAAAGCAAUGAUGCAGCACGUAGUGCUUCUGCUCCUCGGAGCUCAUCUUGCCUCGGCUGGAACACACUCUCUGAGAUACGUCUACACCACCGUGUCUGGAAUCGGUGACUUCCCAGAGUACACUUCAGUAGGUCUGGUAGAUGAUGAGCAGUUUGAUUACUUUGACAGCAAAAUAAUGAAAGCUGUGCCAAAGACUGAGUGGAUGAGACAGAAUGUAGGAGCAGAUUACUGGGACAAAGUGACUCAGAUUCAUAUUGACACACAUCAGAGCUUUAAAACCAACAUCCAGGAAGCAAAGGAACGCUUCAACCACACAUCAGGUGUGCACACUUUCCAGCAAAUGUACGGCUGUGAUUGGGAUGAUCAGACUGGAGAAAUAAAAGGGUUUCGUCAGUUUGGUUAUGAUGGAGAGGACUUUCUGUCUCUGGAUCUGAAGGAGAUGAGAUGGAUUUCUGCAGUGCCACAAGGAUUCAGCACCGUACAGAAGUUGAACAAUGACAGAGCUCUUCUUGAGAGUGACAGAAAUUACUUCAGCACUGUGUGCAUCGAGUGGUUGAAGAAGUAUCUUCAGUAUGGAAAGAAAACAGUCUCUCCUCAGGUGUCUGUGCUGCAGAGGUCUUCCUCGUCUCCAGUCAUGUGUCAUGCUACAGGAUUUUACCCCAAAGAAGUAACAAUCUCCUGGAUGAAGAAUGACCAAGAGCAUCAUGAUGAUGUGGAUCUUGGUGAACUUCUUCCCAAUGAGGACGGGACCUUUCAGAAGACGAGCGAACUCAGAGUUACACCUGAAGAGUGGAAGAACAACAAGUUCAUCUGUGUGGUGCAUCACAAGGGUGAAACCAUCAGAAAGAUCCUGACAGAGACAGAGAUCAGGACUAACCCGGGGGCACCUGAUCCAUUCGGUGUUAUCUUCGGUGUUAUUGCUGUCAUCCUGUUUGCUGUAUUUGCAGUCAUUGGGUUUUUAGUGUACCGCAAACAGAAUUAUAGCUGCCCAUUCAAUCAAAGCACUGUAGAGCGAACAAUCACCACAAAUACACAAACCUACACUACUAGCACUGGUACCACGAAAACAAACAUAAGUGAACAAGAGAAGGCUCUAAUUCAGAAGAAACCUGAUGAUGGUGAUUCUAGCAGCUCCAGUCUUACAGGACAGUGAGACACAAGAUGACAGAGAGAACUGAAGCUGAUGCUCACAUCUUCUCUUUAUACAGUACUAAAUAUACAUAUAAAAGGUUUAUAAUCUUUCUGUCAACCAGAAUAACAAUCUUCUGGCCUAAACAUACAAACCUCAUUUUGUUACAUACAAAAAACAUGUUACAUGUCCCACCAAAGACAGUAAUAUAAUAUAUUGGAUCACUGUUACACCACAAUAAAGGAUGCAUAUCACUCUGUUCCACGAGCAGCUUUGGGACGUUCUGAUCACUGUCUGGUUCAUCUUAUACCGACCUACAAGCAGAAACUAAAUCUGCUAAACCUGUAGUAAAGACUGUGAAGAGAUGAACCAUCGAAACAGCAGGAUUUACAAUCUUGUUUUGACAUCACUGAUUGGAGUGUUUUUGAAGCUGCUACCACCGAUCUGGACGAACUCACAGAGACCGUAACAUCCUAUAUUAGUUUCUGUGAGGAUAUAUGCAUUCCUACCAGGACUUAUUUAACAUUCAACAAUGAUAAGCCAUGGUUUACAGUAAAACUCAGACAUCUUCGUCAGGCCAAAGAGGAUAACUACAGAAAUGGGGACAGAGUCUUGUACAAUCAGGCCAGGGACACACUGAACAAAGAGAUUAGAGUGGCUAAAAAGACCUACAGUCCUCGGCCUCAUCCACGACUGUGAUGAGUCUGCUUACAGACAAGAGGUUGAGCAGCUGGCUGUCUGGUGCAGUCUUAACAACCUAUAGCUUAACACGCUCAAAACAGAAGAGAUGAUCUUGGACUUCAGGAGGAACCCCCCUGCUCUCCCCCCACUCACCAUCAUGAACAGAACUGUGACUGCAGUGGAGUCAUUCACCACCAUCUCUCAGGACCUGAAGUGGGACAUUCACAUUGACUCCACUGUGAAAAAUGGAAUUUGUUCUUCCUUCACCAGCUGAGGAAUUUUAACCUGCCACAGGAGCUGCUGAAACAGUUCUACUCAGCCGUCAUUGAGUCUGUACUGUGUACUUCAAUAACUGUCUGGUUUGGUUCAGCAACAAAAUCAGACAUCAGAAGACUACAGAGAACUGUUCGGACUGCAGAAAGGAUUAUUGGUGCUCCUCUGCCCACCCUUCAAGAACUGUAUACAUCCAGAGUGAGGAAAAGGGCUCAGAAAAUCACUCUGGAUCCCUCACAUCCAAGUCACCCCAUCUUUGAACUUUUGCCAUCUGGCUGGUGCCUCAGAGCAACAAAUACCAGAACAGUCAGACACAAGAACAGUUUCUUUCCCCAGGAAAUCUACCUCAUGAACAGUUAAAUGUUCCCCACUUAUGCUUAUGCAAUAAAAAUGUGCAAUAUCCUUA